UGUAGCUAUACUGAUAUAUUAGCAUAAGAAAUAAUAUUAAUUUCAAGUUUGAUUCUUCUUGAUAUUUUCAACAAAUGAAAAUCUAUUAUAAAACAACCAACAAAAUAAAAAUCUAUAUCAUUAUAUAUUUGGCAAAUAUUAUACCUGGAUCUUGUACACUCGAUACUAUUUUUUGGUCGCAAUGGAGUGAUUGGUCACUGUGCAAUGGAUCUUCUGAUAUAACUAGAACUCGAAAUUGCAUGACUAACCAAUCAAUAAGUUGCACUGAAAGCAGCGAUGAGAUUGAUUUAUGCUAUAGCCAAGAUAUUUUAUUUGAUGUUGAUGAGCGUAAAGUAAAAGCAAAUAACUUGAUUACAACAUUGCCAGUUUUGGAAAAAGAAUAUUCAGUUUACUUCAAAAUCAAACCAUGGUAUUUUGGUCUUCAAUGUCUUAUUCAUCUGACUAACCGUAAUGAUGUUGGAUAUUAUGGAGAGAGAACUCCAGGAGUAUUUUUGUUUGAAAAUGGAGAAGUGCAUAUUGGUUCUGCUGUCAAUGGAGAUUAUAACUAUGGAACUAAUACUGAAAAACUACCACUUUAUGAGUGGUCAAGUUUGCAAAUAAUGCAAACUCAAACAAAUGGAACUUACUUUUAUACAGUAUAUUUAAAUGGAACAAAAAUUUUUAGCAUUAUAAACGCAAUGCCCGAGUCAUUUCAAAAUGUCAAAGUAUAUAGUGGAGACCCAUGGUAUAAUCAUGGAAAUGUUUCUAUUAAAGACCUCAGAAUUAAAAGCGGAAACAGAAGUGAGUAA